UUCGAAAAAGAAUCCAUACGACAAGCAUUAAUCAAUAUUGAUUAUGCAUUACGUUUUUAUCUAUCCAAACAAUAUUUAUUGACAAAAAUUUACCUGUUAAUGAAAUUGGGAAAUGAAAAUCGAGCAGAAAAAUUAUUAAAAAUUUUAAUAGAAAAUUACCAGAUAAAAAGUGAUGAUGAAUUUAGAAAAUUUUUACAAACAAAAUAUGAUAAUCGAUCACCGAUUUGUAAACCAGAAUAUUUGAGUCGAAUGUUUAUCGACGAAGAUUCGAAUGAUUCGAAUGAACAACAAACAUCAUAUCUGGAUCCACGGUUAUUGUUGAUAAAUCGUUCCGGACAAGGUCGGUUUUUUAUCGCUAACGAACCAAUUGAUAAAGAUGAAUUAAUAUUACGUGAACAACCAUAUACAUUGGCAAUGUUUACGGAAUCAUCGUUGAAACGAUGUCAAAAUUGUUAUCGUCAAGUAACGAAUAUAUUUUUCCCUUGUAUAAAUUGUAAUGAAAUAAUUUAUUGUUCAAUAAAUUGUUUAGAACAAUCAUAUGAUUUAUAUCAUCGUUUUGAAUGUCGUAUGAAUCAAUAUUGGAUUGAUUGUUCAAAAUCAACAUAUCAUAUGUUUAAAUUAUUGAAUCGUUUAGGUAUUGAUAAUGUUUUGAAAUUGACAUCGUUUGAUCAACAACAAGAACAAGAAGAAGAACAACAACAACAAGGAGAACAACAACAACAACAAGAGCAACAACAAGAAUCAUCAUCUAUAUCGUUAAUCGAAGCCUAUAUAAACGAUCAAAAAUCAACGGAAAAUGAUGUAAAAUCAAAACAAAACGAUAAUGAU